AUGAUCUCAGCCAAAUAUACAAUCCGUAAUGAUAGGGAACUCCCAAAUUUCAAAUCUAAACUUCGUGCUUAUUAUAAACGAUUCUAUAAAUUACGGAAAUUUCAAUAUGGCCGAGUUUCAUUAUAUGGAACAACUUUCAAUCCUCCAGGUCAUGAAUAUAUUGGUGAUGAAUAUCAUACUUUACUCAGGCGGAAAUUCUCCAAUGAGAAUUAUAAUCUUCGAAGAGAGGUGUUUUUGGGAAUGAAAGAAGGGUUAAGGGAGGAUGAAUUGGAGGAGAGGUUGAUGAAUACUUUGGCGUUUGUAUUUAAUGCGACUGUGGAUGCUGGGAAGGAUAAGAGUGGGGGUGAUGAUGUUGUUGUGUUUGAGAAGGGGUUAGUGAGUGAGACUAAUGAGACUAUGGAAUGUAAGAUUAUUAAUAGUAUGAUAAAAAUUGAUUUAACUUUACCUAAUGAGAUUAAAUAUGAUUAUAAAUAUCAAUGGGUUGAACAAUUACAACAACAAUUGAAAAUAAUGGAAGAGAAGAAAGAAUCAUUAACUAAGAAACAAAUUAAGAAGUUUCAAAUACCAAUUGAAUUUAUUGGUUAUAAUUGUAAAUUAUAA